CUUGUUACAUAUUGGCGGGGUGUGACGUGUGACGUAUGUGUUACAUGCUUGCGGGGGUGGGUGGUGUGGUGUGACGUGUUACAUGCUUGCGGGGGGUGGGUGAGACCGCACAGUGAGGGGUUGUGAGGAGUCGCAGAAGCUGCCAGCAGUGCUGGCGACUGCUCACCCUCCCGAGCCGUUUACCUGUUCGUCCCGUGUAAUAAUAGCGCCCUCUGACGUCAGUGUGACGUCAGUGUGAUACUUUUGAAGUGUGCCGCUGGCAAGGUGGGAAAACCGCUGUUCCAAAUAUAGAAGGCUACCUGCGGACUUGCCGAGCUGACAAAGUCCACGGCCCAUUGGGCUCGCAGGUAAAAACGAAGUUUCACAGGUCACGUCAGGUCACUUCCGCCCUCUUCCUCCACCAUCCACCCGCCUCUCUGUGAACCUCUGGCAACUCACCUUGGCACUCACUUCCCCAAGACGCUGACCGGUCAUAUUCUGUCCCCCCCAAACCCCCACAUCUCCCCACAUCCCCCCACAUCUCCCCAUCACCUUCACACUUAGCAGCAGCUUCCCUCGCUCUCUGUGACCCGACUACCGGAGUGCAGCUGUUGACGUGGCACGAGGAGUGUUUGUUGUACACCGUCUACUCUCCUCCCUCCUUCCAGCAAGUGUAGUCGCUACUGGCUACCACGUGCACACAGCGGCCCUCUCGGCCCUCAGUUGUGCGCAGCGCGUGCGAACCCUGGGCCCGGGGCUGGCGGCGCCACCAGCUGUGGGGCGGGCGGUGAUGUUGUCUGGCAGUUGCUUGGCUGCUGACUUGUCUACACACGCGGUGGUGGAUGUCGUCAGCAACAGUCGCUCUCGCCACUCGCCUCAUCAGCCCCCCACCUGCCGCUGCCCCACCCCCACGUCCAGCUGUGCGCCCCAUCCCGCCCACGUGUAAGGAGGGGGGGAAGCAAUAAAUUGUGGCUUCACGUCCAGCCAGCCAACACUAGCCGAUCUCCGUCUCCAGGCGCUGAGCUGCGCCCGCCUGCACUCGACGCACCUUUCUCGGCCUGGUGUAUGUUUUGCUGUAGACUGCACGUGCGAGGAUGUUUGCAAGUCCGCACUGGGUGGGCUGCAGUAACUAAGUCGCCUCGCCACCCGACUGCCACGUAUGGUGUCGUCAGUCGCUGGAUUUUGUUUCACCUGUAGAGCUGCCGACUGUGAAAUUCCACGAAGACGGUUGUGGUGGUGCUACCUGCUGCACCUGUACCUGCAGCACCCUCUGUGAAUGGGGUCCACAGGUGUUCACAAUGAACGAGGCCGUCUGUCAGGUCCCAUGGUUGUGGGGGAGGAUGGAGCGAGCGGGUUGCGGGCGGCUGUGGCGCUGUGUGUGAUGUACUGGCUGCUGCUGUCCUACCCACUGACACUGGCUCUCACCUGCCUGGGCACGCUGCUCAUCACCGUCCUCAUCUACCUCAAGAGACUACUGCGUGCCCUCGAGUGUCCUGCGCGCCUCACCUGCCGGGACUCGGCGCUGGCCCGUCACGUGGGGGCCCACUGUCCCACCUUUCGCCGCAUCCUGCGCCUGCCAGCCUGGGCCCGCAACUGUCACGUACAGAGUUGUCUGGGCCUGCUUGCCUGCCGCCAGGGGGCGCACUUUGCGCGCGAGUACCUACAGCUGCACGACGGAGGGCUGCUGGCCCUGGACUGGGCGGUGGGCAGUCAGUACGUCUCGCCUGCUCACCCGCUGCUGCUGCUGCUGCCGGACCUGACAGGAAGUGCCGUGCAGCUGUCGGCGCUGUGCUGCCAGGCCUUGACCUUGGGGAUGAGGGCAGUCGUGAUCAACAGACGCGGACAGGCGGGUAGCAUUGUCAGCACCCCAAAGCUACCUGGUUAUGGAGACACCUCUGACCUCCGUGAGGUCAUUGGGUACCUGCAACGCACCCACCAGAGAGCCGCCCUUUGCGCUGUCGGGGUGGGGACCGGGGGAGACGCGCUUCUGUCUUACCUGGGGCAGUUCGGCUCCUCCGCCAGGCUCUCGGCCGCCGUGUGCAUCUCCCCAUCAUACAACGCGGCUGACACGCUCCACGGCCUCCCCACACCCUACCUGCAGCUCUACCUGUCCCACCUGAAACAGGCGGUGCUCAGCAACGCCCAGGUGUUCGGGCCCCUGGUGCAGCGGGCGCGAGGCGCGUGGUCCGUGAAGGAGUUCGACCAGAAAGUGGUCAGCACGUGCGCCGGUUACAAUGACCUGGAGGACUUUUGGGAGGACAACGAACCGCUGCGGGAGGCCGACGAGGUCAGCGCCCCCGUGCUGUGCGUGUCCAGCCUCGACGACCCGGUGUGUCGCCCCCAGCACAUCCCCUACGACCUCUUCCGCGCGCUGCCCAACUUCUUCCUGCUGACUCUGCCCCACGGGGGCCACGCGGGCUUCCGACAGGGGCUGGGCGGCCUGUCCUGGGCCGAAGCCGCCGCCAUGGACUUUGUGCAGGCCAUGCUCAGCUUUCAGCCAUGCACGUGCUACGUGGCCAACGGCGUUCACGUGGCCACGCAGACCAACGACUUGCUGGACUGGACGCCGGACCCCCUGACCCUCGACCUAGUGACCUUAGAGCCUGAAGACACGAGUCGACUUCCUCGGACGCUGCCUGCGGAGUGGCACGGGUGACGUGCGUGCUGGUGACGUGAGGCUGUGUGACGUGACUGCUUUAGCAGCGUGCUGUGACCUGCCUGUGACCUCACACUAACUUGGAGGUAACGGAGGGGUGAGUACCCGGAUUAUUUGGGACUCCCCCCACCCUGAGUACGGUGCGCCCUACCCUGAGAGACCUUCACCUGUGACCCCGACGCCCACCACCUGGACAAGAGGAGGGACAGGAUGGACACGCAGGACCUGCCACAUAGACGGCAGUGGUCACGUGACGGGACGCCAGGACCUUGACUGUGAUGGCGACAAGCAAGUCAUUGACCUCUGUGUCACUGUCAUGUCACGAAGUUGUAUGUCAUAUGUUAAUUGGAGGUGUAGAGGAUGUUGACAGACGACUUCCUACUUCUGGGAGGAGCCUGCUGCCUCGCUCUGGUGGUCAAGGUCGUCAGAAAGGUCUUGAGGUCAAGGUCGUCAACAUCGAGAAGAAGGAGACGAAUGAGAACAGGUGUGACACUGUAGGGAGUCUGUGUGUGAGUGUCAGCUAGGAUGUACUAGCCAGUGACUAUGUCAGCUAGGAUGUACUAGUCAGUGACUAUGUCAGCUAGGAUGUACUAGUCAGUGACUAUGUCAGCUAGGAUGUACCA